AUGGUACUCGAUAUUGAAUUACUUCGUCGAAAUCCAGAAAUAGUACGUGAUUCUCAAAAAAAACGUUACAAAGGUCUUGAACGCGUCGAUAAAGUUAUUGAUCUUGAUUCACAAUGGCGUACAAUUCGUUAUCAAGCUGAUCAAUGGAAUAAAGUAAAAAAUCUUUGUGGACGUACAAUUGGUUCGAAAAAGCAAGCAAAAGAAAAUGAAGGUGAUGUUGAAGUUUUACCUGAAAAUUUAAAAAUUUCUCUUGAAACACUUGACGCUGAAUUAAUUGGAAAAUUAACAAUUACACAAAUAAAAAAUCUCAGUGCAUUAAUCGAUAAUGAAAUUGAAAAAACAAAAGAAAAUUUAAUAAAAAUUGAAAAUGAACGUAAUGCAACUUUACGUGAAAUAGGUAAUAUUGUUCAUGAAUCUGUACCUGUUAGUGAUAAUGAAGAUAACAAUGUGACAGAACGAACUUUUGGAGAUGUUGAAACACGAAAGAAAUAUUCUCAUUUUGAUUUAAUGUAUAUGAUUGAUGGUUAUGACGGUGACAGAGGAGCCGCAGUCGCUGGAUCGCGUGGUUAUUUUAUGAAGGGUCCUGCUGUAUUUCUUGAACAAGCAAUUAUUCAAUUGGCUUUACGUUUAUUAGAUGAUAAAGAUUUCGAAAUACUUUAUACACCAUUUUUUAUGCGUAAGGAUGUUAUGCAGGAAGUAGCUCAAUUGAGUCAAUUCGAUGACGAACUAUACAAAGUUGUAUGCAAAGAUGACAAGCCUGGCGAAUCAAAUGAUGAAGAAAAAUAUCUAAUAGCAACGUCGGAACAAGCUAUUGCUGCUUAUCAUCGCGACGAAUGGCUUGUAACUUCAAAAUUGCCUAUUCGCUAUGGUGGUAUCUCGACAUGCUUUCGACAAGAAGCUGGUUCUCAUGGUCGUGAUACGCGUGGUAUUUUCCGAGUACAUCAAUUUGAAAAGAUUGAACAAUUCUGUAUUACAUCACCACAAGAUAAUGAAUCAUGGAAGAUGUUCGAAGAAAUGAUUGGCAAUGCUGAAGAAUUUAAUAGACAAUUGGGUAUUCCUUAUCGUAUUGUUAACAUCGUUUCUGGUGAAUUAAAUAAUGCAGCAGCAAAAAAAUUUGAUUUAGAAGCAUGGUUUCCUGGCUCGGGUAGAUUUCGUGAACUUGUCUCAUGUUCUAAUUGUCUUGAUUAUCAAUCGAGACGGCUCAAAAUUCGUUAUGGUACAGUGAAAAAAAAUAAUGAAGCCGCUGAAUACGUUCAUAUGUUGAAUGCAACUAUGUGCGCAACAACACGUACAAUUUGCGCUAUUCUCGAAAAUUAUCAAACCGAUGAUGGUAUUGUGGUACCUGAAAUUCUUAAGCCUCUUAUGCCUAAAAAAUAUUCUGAAAAGAUUCCAUUUGUUAAAGAAGCACCCGUCGAACAAGAAUCCAAAGGAACAUCGGCAGCAAAAAAGAAAUAA